AUGCCCGCGGCCCUCGUGAUGCAAAGCAUGUUGAGUUUGGUGGAGAAGCAGAGGUGGUCGACGCAGCCAUUCUUCAGAAGCAAUGUGCGGGAAGCCCUGGCCACUGUGGGGGUCCUGCUGGCAAUUGGCAUGUCGUCCUUGACUGCCUGGCCCUCUUUGUCCGAAGUGAUUGCUUUGGGACGUGGGGAGGAAUCGCAGUGCCUGCCGUUUCGCAGCCUUGAAAUGACAACGAACUGCCCCCAAGAGGAUGACUGGGUGGCGCACCUUCUGGCCCAUGACACCCGGCCCGUGGAUCCAAACACCGUCUUUCUGGAUGUGGGCUGCAACACAGGCGCGGAUGCCGUCAAGUACCUGGACCUUUGGGGUCGGAGUCCCGGCAUCUUUCAGGCAUGGCAUGAAGGUCUCAAAGGGGAGGGGGCCAUCCGGGCAGGAAGCUGCCAGAACAACCAGAGCACGUGGCCUCAGCGCACUGCCAGCUCUUCCAUCAAUCCAACAGUCAUAUGCGUCGAGCCUAUGUCUGCCAAUGUGGAGGUCAUGCGCGGCUUGCACCACAGAGUCCUGAACAGCAGCAGCGCAUUCGAAAUCGUCCAUGCUGCUGUGUCUGACCAUGUUGGUGUGGCUGCUUUCCCAUCCGGUCAAGUGGGCACCGAAGACUUCGGGCUCGAUGUUGCGUCCCCGGUGGAUCCAGCGGGGAACGCUCGUCAAAUCCAGACUGUGGAGGUCAAUGUAACAUCUGUCGACACGCUGAUGACCGCUCGCGGCCUCUCGCGCGUGGACGUGCUGUCCGUGGACACGGAGGGUCACGAUCCCCUGGUGCUGGUGGGGGCCUCCAGGGCCUUGAAGACUGUGCGGCUGCUGUUCUUCGAGGUGCAUCAGGACUUGACGGGCUCACCCUGGAGCCGAACGUCCCUCCUCUCAGUCGCUGAGAACUUGGAUGACUAUGACCUGGACUGCUUCUGGGCGGGGAACAACGGGAAGCUUCAGAAGAUCACCGGCUGCUGGACCAUGCAGGAUGAGAGCACCCACAGCCCGAUCCCAUGGGCAAACAUCCUGUGCGUCAGGAGGGGUGAUGAGUGGCACGGAGCUUUGCAGAAGUACGUAGGGGCAAUCGCCUAG